GUCACAUAUAAACGUAAUGGAGAUGCAAGCGCGUACAUAGUAAUUGCUAGAAACUUUGAAACGAAGCCAUACGUAUCUGUCCAGCUGUACACAGCGUUACUCCGGCCAUGGAGUAUGUCUUCAAUCACUCGCUUGCGAAUGAUACGAGCAGGGUGCCCGAUCGCCGUAUGAGGCCACACUCUGCCUUUAUACCCACAGAAAGCUAUUAUAAGCAAAAAGGUAGUGUCGCUGAGGACGAUGUUGGCCGUCCAGUGUUGCAACACAAACCCCUCGCCAAGGGCGAGUUUACGCAGCUUUCAUUGGCGAAGGUGUUUGAGGAUGACCCGGGUAUGCGGCCAAAGGUUUUCGCGCAUCCGACUGUCAACAAAAUCAGCUAUGGCUUAAUGAGCCGCGAUGUGGAGGGCGCGGUGCCCCAACUCCAGCCGCCCCCAAACAAGAUCCGAGACACCAACCCCAUGCAACCCAUCUACAUCCUGCCCGGGAGCUCCACUCUGGCCGCGGAGGCAGCAGCAGCAGCAGCAGCGGCCGCAGCCUCCGAAACCCAGCAGCGCCCGCAGCACAGCUCUCUAGACGUCGCCGACAUCAACGCAGUGCCCUCCGUCUCCGAGCGCCCGCACAAGCUAGCCACACGCAACACCCAACUAAACACAUCAGACAUCCUGGGCAGUUGGCCGGGCUGGGAGCCGCCCUUUCGCGCGCAUGUCGGCAAGAACCUGCGAGACCCAGGGCUGGACGUGCGGGACAUCUCUGGGACCUACGCACGGCGGCGGGUGAGCUCAGCCAGACCAACCGUCGGCGGCCGUGACGGCAGCGGCGGCGGCGGGAGCAGAACCGUCGCGGCGGCGGCGGCUGCAGCGCCCAUGCCGGCCUGGCAGCAGCCUCAGCCCCAACCGGCCCCCCAACUGCCCGACAGUGCGGCGGCCGCCCCUCCUCCCUCCUGCACACCGCUGCCCUUGCGUCCUCCCAUCUCAGCUCCCCCGUACGCAACCUACCCACCCAGCUGCACGCGGACCGCCGACGGCUCCGCCCUGGACCGUACGACGGCGGCGGCCGCUGAGCCCCUCGCCUCCACCGUCGGCAAGCCGCACCCCGCUGCCCGCAACCCCAGCCUGCGCCACAGCGCCAAACGCGCCGCCGCGGACGCCCAGCUGGCGGCGGCGGCGGAGGCACAGCGCGUCAUCGCCUCGCUGAACCCAAGCAAGGAGGCGGUGGAGGCGUUCUGGCAUAACUGCCGCCGCAUGGAUCGCGAGGUGUGCGGAAAGCUGAGUCCGGGGGACUUCACGGCGGCACUGCAGCGGGCAAACGUGCUAGCAGCCGACAGCAGCAACCUGCCGGGGUCGGGCGGGAGCGGUGAGGUGGCGGCGGCGGCGGCGCUGGUGCGCGGGCUGCAGGACGGCAGCGGGAUGGUGUCGUACAGGUCCCUGGCGCGGGAGCUGCUGGGGCGCACACCGUCCCGUGGGUCGUCGGCUGGUUCGGGAGGUGCUAUUGCUAGUGCGGGGGCGGCGGCGGCGAAGGGGGCGAAGGCGGCAGCGGGGUCGGGCGCGGCGAGGAGACCGGCCUCUGCGACUCCCACUGUGUCGGCGUCACGUCCUGUGUCCAGCGGGUCGGGGGGAUCGGGUUCCGCUGCGUCGCAGGCCCCGCCGAUUGCGGGAGGACAGCAGCAACGUAACGUGUACUGGGCGCCGGAGUACGGGCCGGCGGAGGGCGCUACGCCGCCCCCGACUGCGGGUCGGAGCGGCAGUGCUGGCAGCGGGGGCCCCCCGCCCCCUCCCUACCACCCUCACCCGCAGCAACAAUACCCACAGCAGCAGCAGCAGUACCAGUAUCCGCAGCAGCAAACCCCGCAACCUAACGCUCCGACAAACGGUACUGCUGCCGGCAGCAGCAGCAUCACGGCGCAGUUCAACCUCUCCAACAACGACCAACCAACCGCCGCCCAACCAUCCCAGCAAUACCACCCGCACCACCCCCCGCCUCCGCCACCCCCGCACCCCUCCUCCCCGUCACCACCACCCUCCCCACCACAACCCCUUGCCUCAACACAGCAGCCCCCCACCAGCAGUAGCAGCCACCGCCCCCCCUCCCCCACCCUCGUCAACACUACCGCCGCCACCACCAGCGACUCAGCCGCCGCCGCUGCUGCCGCUGCCGCCGCCAUGGAGCCGCUGGGUCUUGGCCCCGGCUGGCCUCCGUCUCCCCACCAGGACCCCCUGCAGCGCCGUUCCGCCGCCACCGUCACCGCCAACACUGGCGUCACACUGCGUUUCGUGGAGGACACCAAUUUCUUCCCCUUCAAGUCGCACCCCUACUGGUUUGGCGGCCGUGGACCGGCGCCGGGGCCGGACGGCGGUGAGCCGCCGGGUGCGGGGGGGCCCGCGGAGGCGGCGCGCGAGUACCAGCCGAGUGAGGACAUCACGUCGUUCAUUGUGGGCAAGGGGCAUCAUCGGAUUACGGGAGGGGCAACGGGCGGCAGGCUGGAUGCGGCGGCGGAGGCGGCGGUGGUGGCGCGGCUGAGGCCCUACUCCGCCGCCAGUGGUGCGGAGGCGGCUGCCCUGGCGCACACCCCGGGGGCCAUCAUGCGGCAGCUCCAGCUCGACGGCCCCAUGCUGUACGUGGGUGAGCCCAACCCCGCUGCAGCAGCCGGCUCCUCGCUCAAGGGUGCCUCCGCGGCCCUCUUCGCCGCCUCCCGCCCGCCCCCCACCGGCCCCAGGCUGGGCCAGCACUCCCGCGCGCGCCCCUCCAGCGUGCCUCCCCGGGCUGCUGCCUGGGGGGCCCGCAGCGGCGGGGCGGGGGCGGGGGAGCCGCGGGUGGGGCGGGCGGCAGCGGAGCGGCAGAUGCUACGGGAGGAGAUUGCGGCGGUACGGCGGCUGCCCUGAGGUGUUUGGCGGGCGGAGGGAUGGAGGGGGGUUAGGGAGAGGGAGGAGCGUGUGCUUGAGGGUGGAGCGCAGACGCGCGAGGGAUUGGGGGGCUGGGAGAUUAGGAGGGGGGUCGGUGGGGGUGGCAUGUGAGCGGGGAGGGGGAUGUUGGCGCGUUCUAGGCGUGGGGUUGGUUGCGGUUGGAUGCGAGCAGGUGUGUGGAGGACGCAUGGCGCGGUGUCCUACCAAGGCAAUCAGGCCAUGAUCGGCGUUGAGGCACAUGGGACAGGCGGCAGCGUGGAGGGGUGCUGGGCCCCUGCUUCAGCCGUGUGCGUGGUCGUGACGGGCAUGGGGGGCGGGCGGAAAAGGGGGAGGUGGACGAAAGGGAAGCCGGCAUUGAAGUGGGAAAGGUGCACGGAGAGGCUGCGGGGCUGUGACGGGCGGCUGUUGAGGCGCGGCUGUUGGAGGAGGUGGGCAGCAGCCCCCGCGCUUUUGGUUCUGUGACUGCAGGAUGGGUGGGAGGAGUGGCGAUUGCUUAUUACCCGUCACUAGGCUAAAGCUCCUGACCAGGCAGCAUUGCUACUGUUGUGAAGUCGCUAGCGUGCUCAUGCUGGCGCUGUGGAAGCUUCUGCUCGCAAGGACAAACGUGUUCGCUGCGAUGCCCGUAUGUCCCGCGGGGUGCGGGAGUGUGCCGGUACUAGAUGGAGUCUGGGGUAUGUGUAGGUGCAUGGAUAGCCGCACCGGAGGGGGGGGGCAUCCUAGCAGGGAUGCUAGCGGGUGCUCCAUGCAACUGUAUUGCGGACCCCGCUGAGGCAGUCAGGGUGCCGCUGUGGUUGCAUAUAUGCGUUGGGCGUUGCUGGGUGGAGGAUGAAUGUGGAUGGGUGUAGAUAAAGGCUACCGUAUAACCGUAUUAGGGGCGCGAAGAUGCAGGAUGAGGGGAAUGGAGGGCCUGGUGCUGGGGUUGCAUCUGCAUCUCACUGCUUGGGGGGCAUUAGGGUUGAUGUUGCUGCCUGUUGGAGGCAGGUUUGGGCCUGUGUGUUUGGGUCUGCGUGUUUGGGCCUGUGUGAAGGCGGGCAGGGUUUUCCUCGCCAUUAAUGCGAUUCUCCUAUACCACCUAUGCGAUCUUUCGGUUGGUGAACCUUAUUGGGGGUCUUGGGUGGACCAACCUCAAGUUCGGUGUGAAAAGGCCCUGCGUUGUGCAUUUCUUGUCGGACGGCUUCUAACUUAAUAACUUAUCAGAUGCUUGCUUGCUUGUUUGAGGGGUUUCCUGCCCGCAGGGGCAGGACUGCCGCGUCGCUAUUGCGUUUGUCCUCCACCUCUGGUGUCAUUGGGUGUGUAUCCCAUUGCGAAGUUGGCCGGCGAGAACCUUGGGGGAUGCUGCGUGCCGGUGACCGGUGCUAACAGGAUUGCGUGGGGAGUGAGACGAAUUCAGGCGGCGUGCGGGCACCUUGGGAUCGCAAGCUUUGUUUGAAUUGGGUUGAAUGUUGAUUACCGGUAGCCAAUCAUACUGCACCUACCGGUACUUCAUACAGUUUCAUGCAUUGUAGACGUGUCGGCCUUCGCUGGCUGGCGAGGGCAAGAGGGUCGUUGUGUUGUCGUACGGCACUCAUGGGAGGUACCCAAUUGUAGCGUCUUGGCGGCUUCCCAUGACAAUGGAUCCAUGUGAACAUUGAGUGUUCUGAGAGCUGCUUUUGGUGCUACCUGGCAUGCAUGGAGCACUUGACUACCGGCACGUGGCAGCCGAGCAGUCCUCGCCAAGGGCUAGUUGCUGGCUGGUGAAGGGUAAACCUGCCCUGCCGUCAGGGCUUCCGCACCGCUCGAGGCUGGAAGCGUUGCCGCAGGACAGUGCCGUAGGCGCGAUGACCCGUACUUGCGGCUCGUUCUAGCAAGAGCCUGGGACGGCCCUCCAUUACCGCCGCGCCAUGAGGUUCUGCCGCCGCUCGGCUUCAUCCGUUGCGGCAACAGAGGGACAAACAUGAUGGCCAAAGGAGCGAACGCGCUAAGAGGCGUCGGCAGUUAGCAUUUGCAGUAAUAUAACUUAAAUGGCGACAGCUUGCAAUGUCCACCUCAAGGUCAUCAGCGGACAUGAGCUGCCAAAGACAGACAUGUUCAGCCAGAUCGACCCCUACGUGGUGGUCUCUGUCGGCGGCUCGGUGUUGGGUCGUACCGUCACGCGCGACAACAACCCCAACCCCGUCUGGGAGGAGGACUUCUUCUUUGAGGCCGAACAGGACGAGAACGGACUGUACGGCACCGUUCUCCUGGAUUUGUACGACGAGGAGGUCACACGGGACGAGCACGUGGGCACCAUAACCCUAGACCUCGCCUCCAUGGACCUCGAUUCCCUCCUGGAGGGCCCCCUGGAGCUGCCUGUGGUCUUCAAGUCCGACCGCCGCGGUCAGAAGUUCGCUCGGUCGGCACGCAACGCCCGGCUUGCCGUACAAGUCGUGGCAGUAGGCAAAGCCUUCUCCACAUACGCCGCUGAGCUGGGUGAUGUGGAAGACGCGGUCGUGGACGAAGCUUCCAGUACAUUCCUCAUGGCCCUCCCGGACACAGACGAAACCGUGUGGAUCGGCAUGCGCUUCGCACCCCGAUCCACACAACUCCUGCUGGUCACCACAUCUGACCCACGGGUCGCAAACGGCAGCGGCGGCGGCAGCAGCGGCGGAUCCAGCGGCGGAUCCAACAGCCCCUACUGGUACGACUUUUCGUACGGCAGCGGCGUGAGCCUGCGUACUGAGCGCGUGGUUUACCGCCGGCCGGUGCAGCUACUGGGGUUGUGGGUGGGUGUGGAGGUACGCGCCACCAACGUGCCGUUGGACGCGCGGCUGAGUCGCGUGCGUGUUGUGGAGCGGGAGCGGCGGCUGGUGGACACGUUGGACCCGGCGGAUGUGUUGGUGGGGGCGAACUACAUGAUCGGGAUGCCCUUCCUGGCGGCGGUCAAGGAGCUCUCCAAGCGCCCCAGCACGCAGGUCGACUCGCCCGCGCAGGCCCUCUGGCUCCGAAUGGACUCCAACCAGCCCCUCCCCGCGCAGCUCCUGCAACUUGACUACGCACCCCAACCAGCAGCAGCCGCUGCCGCUGCCACUGCUAACGAGGCGACUGCCGCGGGUGGUGGUGGUGGGGGCGGCGGCGGCAAGGGCGGCAAAGCAACCGGGGCGAAGUCCAACUUUCCAGCGCUUCGGGUCUGGUCCACCACCUCCGACAUGAACAAGGGCUAUGAGCUGGCGUUCUUUAGUGGUGGAGGGCGGAGCUCCGAGGGCCCGAUGGUGGUGGUUUCGGAGACGUUUCGGAAGCCGGUUGCCGUACUGGGCGGGGCGUACGAAGUCGUACACAUGUUGGAGUUGCGGGAUGCGUUUGUGGGGGACACGCUGGAGGAGGUUGGGCUGGGGUGCUAUGAGGUGGUCAAGGCAAACAGGACGUGGAGGUUGGGGAAGGUGUUGCGGAGAGCGGCGGCGGCGCAGCAGCAGGCGCUGGAGGAUGCGGAGGGGGGGUACGGCGACGCGGGCGGCGGCGGCGGAAGCGGGAGGUACGGCAGUGGCGGCGGCAGCGGCGGCGGAGGUGCGGUUGCACAUGUGCGGGGACUGCUGGCGUGGCUGCCAUGUUUUGCGCCGCCGCGGGAAGAUGCCUACGUUGUAGCUGACGGGAAGAAACGUGGAGGCGGCGUCAAGGGCAGUGGAGAGAAGAAGGACCGAGGAGCAAGGAGAGGUGGCGGUUGUGAUGGGGAGGAGGAGGACGCUGGACAGCGCAGAACGGGUGCUCGGAAGGGGACGAUUGCAGCGGGCGGCGGCAAGGGCGGCGGCGGCGGUGGAGGAUGGAGGGAGUCCCUCCGAGGGGCUCGCGAAGGCACCAUCGGGGGCGGGGGUCGCGGCAGGGAGGACAGCAGCAGUCCGCCGCCCCGCCGCGCCGCCUCCUCAGCGGCCCCCAGCGGCGCUGCUGCCAAAAACAACAUCAUUACGCAGGGCAGUCGCAGCAGGGGCCGCAGUCAAAGCGACGUUUCCUCUUCCACCACUGCUGACGGAAUGUACGGCGGCCGUAGCAGCUUCAAGGCCAGCAUGUCGGGGGCAGUAGGGGUGAAGGGAGGUGGCGGCGGCAGCAGCAGCGGCAGGGCUCAGUACGGCAGCCGUGCUGCUGCCGGCGGAGGCGGCCCCGCUAGUGUGGCGUCGUCGUCGGUUGGCAGCGGCAAUGCGGGGGGCGGCGCCAGCUUGACACGUGGGAGGGGUAGCGAGGGCCGGGGGCUGGGCGGCAGGGGCGGGGGAGGCGGAGGCGGCGGAGGGGGUGAUGGCAGCUCGGAGGGGCUACCUGCGGUUGGUUUGCGCAAGGGGCUGCGGAGGGCUGGGAAGUCCUGGCAUCCUGACGAUGACUGACGAGCCGGGGGGUUACUGUAGGACAUGGGGGGUGCUGCUGCUGCUGUGGAGGUUUGCGUGGGCCACAGGUAACGGCUGAUCGUGGUAGGGGCUUGUGGAGGAUGUUGUUUACGAUGUCAGGUUCGGUAGAGUCUGGGGUGGUGUGGGGGCGCGCCUUUGCUGGUGGUGGGGGUAGAGUGAUUCGCUCAAGCGCGUUUCAUGCUUUGUGGUAACCAGAUUUGCAAUGCGGGGGUGCAACUGUUCUUGACUUCAUCAUACACGUGACGUUAAGAGAGGAACUUAAGCCCUGCAUGGGCUGGUUCAGCUAUAGACUGUGAUAGACCUCACGACGAGAUGCGUGCCCUGGCGUGACUUUGUUUUGAUAGCAUGUUCAUAAGUGCUGUUUAGAUGGAUGCAUGCACUGUUCAUUUGUUGAUCAGCACUCUGGUUAUAUUGCGACCCAUUCUUUCCAUAGCACUAUCCAUAUUCCUGAUCAAGCAGCCUACCCGUAUGUGCGACCCACGGGUCAAUAUGGGACGCCUAUUUAAGCUCCAACGCCGAUGUGCCACACAACACGUUUCCCAUUGCCAUGGUACUCUACUACGUGCGGGCUACCCCACCGGGCUGGUUUUCUUGGUGGUCUUCCUGUCCUUCCUCUGUAACAGUCCACAUCGGAAAAAAAA